AUGCCACAACUAGACACUUCAACAUGAUUUGUCACAAUCUUAUCAAUAAUCAUUACUCUGUUUUUUAUAUUUCAACUAAAAGUAUCAAAAUAUAGCUUUCCAGAAAACCCCGAACCAAAGUCACUGACUACAUCAAAGUCUACUACACCUUGAGAAAGCAAAUGAACGAAAAUCUAUUUUCCUCAUUCAUUACCCCAACAAUAA